GGGUCCUGAGCCCCUUCAAUAGCAGUUCAGAAGCGACUUCUUUACAUCCACUCCCCGUCCGGGACCCUCUUCUCUUGUCUGCUCAGCUCCAGCGAUGGGAAAAGUUGGCGGAGGCAGCGGCGGCGGCGGCUCCCCAACCCGGCUCGGAGCGCUUCUCGCCCGUACCGGGAUCUUGCUUCUCUGCGCCCGGGGCGCCUGUGGUGGGGGCGGCUCCUGUUGCCCCCCAGCAUCUCCUGGAUCGACCCAGCGCUGGACACCAGCCCGAGCUGGGACACCCCUGCCGGGGCCCCAAGAGAAGCCGGAGCCGGCGGCUGUUCCUGGGGAGCAGCGGCACUUCGGGGCUCCUGCCAAGCCGAGUAGAGCACCCACGGCUCCCAUGCCAUUCCCCCGCCGCCCGGUGUUUACAGUGGCCCCCGGGGACAGGGCUCUUUCCCUCGAGAGGGGCCCAGAAGGCAAUAGUGGAGCCGGAAGACUUCACUCCAUCCGGAGGAGACGGAGUGGGGUGGAACAAGAAAAGGAAGAUCGGGACAACGGCGAGGGCAGGCGCCCACGGGGACAACCGGCAGAAGGAGGGCACCGGGAGCCUGGCAAAGCCACCCGGUUCCGGCUGGAGGAGCUGAGACUGACAAGUACCACGUUUGCACUGACCGGGGACUCAGCACACAACCAAGCCAUGGUCCACUGGUCAGGUCACAACAGCAGUGUGAUUCUAAUUUUGACGAAGCUGUACGACUAUAACCUAGGGAGCAUCACAGAGAGCUCACUUUGGAGGUCAACAGAUUAUGGGACAACCUAUGAGAAGCUGAAUGAUAAAGUUGGUCUGAAGUCAAUUUUGAGCUAUCUCUAUGUCUGCCCUACCAAUAAGCGCAAGAUCAUGUUACUUACAGACCCGGAGAUUGAAAGCAGUUUAUUGAUCAGUUCUGAUGAAGGGGCAACCUAUCAAAAGUAUCGGCUGAAUUUUUAUAUCCAAAGCCUACUUUUCCAUCCCAAGCAAGAGGAUUGGAUCCUGGCAUAUAGUCAAGACCAAAAGUUAUAUAGUUCUGCGGAAUUUGGGAGGAGAUGGCAACUUCUCCAGGAAGGAGUCGUCCCAAACAGAUUCUACUGGUCAGUGAUGAGGUCAAACAGGGAGCCAGACCUUGUGCAUCUGGAGGCCAGGACUGUGGAUGGUCAUUCACAGUACUUAACCUGCCGGAUGCAGAACUGCACUGAAAGCAACAGAAAUAAACCUUUCCCUGGCUACAUUGACCCUGAUUCUCUGAUUGUUCAGGAUGAUUACGUUUUUGUUCAGUUGACUUCAGGAGGAAGACCACAUUACUAUGUAUCUUACCGUAGGAAUGCUUUUGCACAGAUGAAGCUCCCCAAGUAUGCCCUGCCUAAGGAUAUGCAUGUCAUCAGCACAGAUGAGAAUCAAGUGUUUGCAGCAGUCCAGGAGUGGAACCAAAAUGACACCUACAACCUCUACAUCUCAGACACACGUGGUGUCUACUUCACCUUAGCUUUGGAGAAUGUCCAAAGUAGCCGAGGGCCUGAGGGUAACAUCAUGAUUGACCUCUAUGAGGUAGCAGGGAUAAAGGGAAUGUUCUUGGCUAACAAGAAGAUUGACAACCAAGUGAAGACUUUCAUCACAUACAACAAAGGUAGAGACUGGCGGUUGCUGCAGGCUCCUGACACUGAUCUAAGAGGGGACCCUGUACAUUGCCUGCUGCCAUAUUGUUCCCUGCAUCUUCAUUUAAAGGUCUCAGACAACCCGUAUACUUCUGGAAAUAUUGCCAGCCGUGACACAGCUCCAAGCAUCAUAGUGGCUUCUGGUAACAUUGGAUCUGAACUGUCUGAGAAUGAUAUCAGUAUGUUUGUGUCUUCAGAUGCUGGGAAUACAUGGAGACAGAUCUUUGAAGAAGAGCAUAGUGUUCUGUACCUGGAUCAAGGUGGGGUUUUGGUUGCUAUGAAACACACAUCUCUGCCGAUCCGACAUCUCUGGCUAAGUUUUGAUGAAGGGAGAUCAUGGAGUAAAUACAGUUUCACUUCCAUCCCUCUUUUUGUGGAUGGAGUUCUGGGUGAGCCUGGGGAAGAGACCUUGAUUAUGACAGUGUUUGGACACUUCAGUCAUCGUUCUGAAUGGCAGCUAGUCAAAGUAGAUUACAAGUCUAUAUUUGAUAGAAGAUGUGCUGAGGAAGACUACAGACCAUGGCAACUUCAUAGCCAGGGAGAAGCAUGCAUUAUGGGAGCUAAGAGGAUAUAUAAAAAGCGUAAAUCAGAGAAGAAAUGCAUGCAGGGAAAAUAUGCGGGAGCAAUGGCUUCUGAACCAUGUGUCUGUACAGAGGCUGAUUUUGACUGUGACUACGGUUAUGAGCGACACAGCAAUGGUCAGUGCCUGCCAGCAUUUUGGUUCAAUCCUUCCUCCCUCUCCAAGGAUUGCAGCCUGGGACAGAGUUACCUCAACAGUACAGGGUACCGAAAGGUGGUUUCCAACAACUGUACAGAUGGAGUGAGGGAGCAAUAUACUGCCAAGCCUCAACAAUGUCCUGGCAAGGCUCCCCGAGGCCUCCGUAUUAUCACUUCUGAUGGGAAAUUGACUGCAGAACAAGGACACAAUGUCACCCUCAUGGUACAACUGGAAGAGGGUGACCUACAAAGGACACUCAUCCAGGUGGAUUUUGGUGAUGGCAUUGCAGUGUCUUAUGUCAACCUCAGCUCCACCGAGGAUGGGAUCAAACAUGUCUACCAGAAUGUGGGCAUUUUCCGAGUGACUGUGCAGGUGGACAACAGUCUGGGGUCUGACAGCGCCGUCCUGUACUUACAUGUAACUUGUCCCUUGGAACAUGUGCAUUUGUCACUUCCCUUUGUCACCACCAAGAACAAAGAGGUCAAUGCAACAGCUGUGCUGUGGCCCAGCCAAGUGGGGACCCUGACUUACGUGUGGUGGCACGGGAACAACACAGAGCCACUGAUCACCCUGGAGGGAAGCAAAUCAUUUAAGUUUACUUCAGAAGGAAUGAAUACCAUAACAGUACAAGUCUCAGCUGGGAGUGCUAUUCUUCAGGACACAAAAACCAUUGCAGUAUAUGAGGAAUUCCAGUCUCUUCGCUUGUCCUUUUCUCCAAACUUGGACGACUAUAAUCCAGACAUUCCAGAGUGGAGGCGUGAUAUCAGCCGGGUCAUCAAAAGAGCCCUCAUUGAAGCCACAGGUGUUUCAAGCCAACACAUAUUGGUGGCAGUGCUUCCAGGCUUACCCACAGCUGCUGAACUCUUUGUCUUGCCUUAUCAGGAUGCUACAGGAGAAAACAAAAGAUCAUCAGAGGACCUGGAACAGAUAUCAGAACUGAUGAUUCACAAACUGAACCAAAACUCCAUCCAUUUUGAGCUAAAACCUGGAAUACGUGUUCUUGUUCAUGCUGCCCAUUUAACAGCAGCUCCCCUUGUGGACCUCACCCCAAGUCACAGUGGAUCAGCAAUGCUGAUGCUACUCUCUGUGGUAUUUGUUGGACUGGCCGUGUUUGUUAUUUACAAGUUUAAAAGGAAGAUCCCGGGCCUUAAUGUUUAUGCCCAGAUGCAGAAUGAGAAAGAGCAAGAGCUGAUCAGCCCAGUCAGUCACAAUGAAAACAGGCCCAAUAUCACUCAGGCUGAGCUGAGGAGCCCUGACCAAUUUGUAGAUGAGAAGUUGGACCCACAGCCCAUAGGAAGUAUUUCCAUAGUUGCUGAGAAUCAAAGCACAAAAGAAAUCCCUACCUAUGUAAAUGUUUGAAUGGAGGACGCCAGUAAAAAAAACAAAAAAACAAAACAAAACAAACAAAAACAAACAAACAAAAACACAUUAAAAAACACUCACUGCAUCGGGACUUUUUAAUUCUUCAGACACAGACAACAAGGGUUUUUAGCUUUAAACCUGUGCAUGUGGACAUGAUCCUGAGAACACGUUCGGAGGGGCGGUGUACAGGUGCUCUAUUUUAAUGGAAAAAAACGCUCCCCUCUCCCCUUCCUUCUCUCUCUCUCCUUUUUUUUUUCCUUCUGAUCCGUCGUGUUUGUAGGAGACUCAUAACAAAUAGAGGCCAAGGAAAUCUGCAUGUAUUUUUUGGGAAGUAUUCUUGGCUCUAGAUUUAACAACAAUUUUAGCACUAAAGCCUACUGGGUUGGACUAGCCGCCUGGGGCAAUUUCACAAGACACAAAGGAGAUGCCACACAGGUGUUUUGAAACCCUGGGCUCUUUCUCUGGUUAAUUUCCCUUGUUUCUGUUUUCCUGUUUGAUUUCCCUUCUGCCCCUUCAUUGGACAGCAGUGGCUCUUCUUGCUCUGUGACUCCAGGGGCGGGACAGGGGCAAUCAGUGCAGAUAAUGGGAGCAUCAGGCUGGAAAGAGUGAGGUAGGGAGAUAAAUUAAAAAUGGUCAUUUUUUCCCAUCCAUCUAUUUUUUGUGGUUCCAACAUCUAUAAAGAAGGGACUCACUUCAUUUUUGUAGCCCCUCACAGCAGGGGUAGGAUACAAUAUCUCAUUUCAUCACUAAUUUGAUUUUUCAUUAAUUAUUUCCAAUGCCUGAACAAUCCACUUUUCCUAUGUUCCCACCACCAUCUUUAUUUAGCCCACUUACUCCCUAGUGGACCAAGGCAUCUGGCUGUCUCACCUUUCUAUUUUUUUUUUCCAACCUUGCUGUUAGCUUUUCCCUCCUCCUCCUAUUUUUGAAUAUAAACUGGAUCAUAGCCUUUCCUGUUAUCUGAUGAACAUUCCAUUUAGAAAUUACAUCCCACUGAAUUCUCAUUUUCACUAAAUUUUCUUACAAAUAUUUGUUCUGUGUGGAAGUUGCCAGUGGAUUGGGAGGUAGCCUGAUCAAUGGAAAGACCAUUGAGUAGAGAGUCAAAAGAUCUUGAAUUGACCCUUUUUUUUUUUUUUUUUUUGCCACUUACUGUGACCUUGAACAAAUAUUUCCUUUCUAUGGGUCCUAGUUUCCAUAAAUUGAAAGGUCUGGAUUCAAUAGACUCUAAACCCCUCACUGAAGAGUCUAUAAAUAACCUGGCUCCUAUACAUGAGGGAUUUAAUUCUAUACAUUGUAUCUUCCGUCCUAGAACCCCCAACCUCAAGCCACUUUUCCAAUAGUCAUUAUAUUCCUUCCCCCCAAAAAAAACAAUAUAUGUGAGAAGGUGCUAUUCAAGUCAGCUUGAGAUUGGGUUAUAUACUUUGGAGAAGAAAUUCAGAAAAGUUGUUUAUGUCUAACUGGAACCCAUGUGGUCAAACAAAUGCCCAUCCAUCUUGGCAAUUCACUUAGAAAUGUUUUAUUUCUCUUACUAUAUGUUUGAUUCACCUCUGGUUUACACACAUCACCUUUACCCAUACACACAUAUUACUUUAUGUUAACAGUUACUCUGAAAAAAACAAACAUUAUCCAUCUUCUCAUUGUAAAGUGGAAAUGUGCAUGUGAUUUUUAGCUGACUUAAACUCUAAAAAGGUUGUCAGCACCAUACUUAAAGAAAACCCAUUUUAGAAAUUACACAGUUCUAAGAGAAAUAAACCAAGAUUUGUUAGAUAGCAAAGAGGAUAUUUUUGGCUAUUUUGAUGGUCCUGGUAGUGACACAAACAUAUCCACACACAUACCCAUAAAUAUUCUGUUUUCAAUAAGGGGGAAAAAUAAAAGAUUAAAGUAGGCAGAACACAGCAAAGCAAGUCAAUAAAGAAGCAUGAUGGCACUCAAAUUAUUCCAGAAUCUUCCCAGGUAUGGACCAGAAAAACUACAGAAGAAGGGACAAAUGGAAUGUUAAAUAGAUGAAGUAUAGAAGAAAGCCCCAAAGACUUGGGAGUUGGGGAGAGUCCAGAAUCCAACCUCAAAAGUAGGAGAGAACAGUCCUAUCUUUCCACUCUAGAGCUUAGUCUCACCACUCACCUGGGGCCUUGAAACAGAAUGUGAUGAUUUCUGGUUAAUAGCUAUAUUAGAGUGAGUUCAAUGCCCAUUAUUGGGCCAGCCCCAAUGGGGACUGUGCAUGUCUCCUUUUGCCUCAGCUCUAGAAUAAGAGUUGUUUAAGAGCUUUCCAAAUCUUUGCCAACAGUGUAUUUCCCACUUGGGAAUUUAGGUUUAAACUUAGAAAUUGGAUGCCUUUGAUAGUUACCACUUUGGUGCUUCUGUCCUGCAAAAGACAUAUUUGUUGACCUAUUUCAUUAAAGGUUUCUAUUUGAAUCUGGAAGAUGGAGUCAUUAGAAAGCAGCAGAGUAAUUUUAGUGUGUAACAACAUAGGAAAGCUUUAGAUAUAUAGUCCCAAUGUAAUUAAGUGGAGAAAAAGAAUUAUCUUUUUGACCUGGUAUUAGAAUCAGGGGUGGGCAUUAAGUAUUAGUCCUUAUGGAGACUGGUCACUAAUGACCAUUUUCUGAGAACUGAGAAACCAACAGCUCAUGUUAUCUGAGAAUGAGGCAGCAGGAGAGAAGUGGAAAGAGCUUCAGAUUGUAGGAGUUGAGAUCUGGGCCUAGUCCUGGCUUUGCCACUAACUAGUUCUAUAAUCUUGGAGUUCUAUUUGGGGCUCAUUUUUCCCAUUUUUAAAAUGAUGAAUUUGGACUCAAUGAGCUCUGUUAUCCCAUUUUGCUCUGAUAUUCUGCUCUGACAGGAUUCACUUGUCACCAACACCCCACUCCUCCCAACACUCCUAGAAUACCAACACCCCUAGAACCUCCCACUCUCUUGAAGAUUACCCCUGAGAUCCAGGUACUAGGCCUAAGUGUUAUGGGAAGAAUUAGUUCUUCUCUCCCCUGUGGGCCCAGUUAUGCCUUCCAGAAGAGGCCUCUAGGAGGAAUAGGGAUUGAGAAGGAAUCAAGUGCCUACCCCUAUUUGCCAGAAUAGCAAAGAGAGCAGGAUCAUGGUGGGUUUUAGGAGUGAUUGAUCAAAACACUGGAGGGGGCCAGUAUAAGAAACAGGCAAGAUGAAAGUCAAAUGUAGAGUCAAAUCUAAUUUCAGGCUUUUCCUUAAGCUCUGGAGGAAAAAUGUGCGAACCUCACUCUAAACAAAGGGCCAGCAGCUUCCUUGCCUUGUUGCUAAUUAGACUUACCCCUCCCAAAUGCAGAGGUUGGCUUUGCUUUUUUCAGGAGUUCCAAACAGCAACUUCCAGAGCAAUGGGACGCUUGACAGCUGUUCUGUGUUUUCCAGAAUUCCAACUGAGCAUUGAAAUCCCUCAUUAGCCAACUUAUUUUUAUAGGAAGCCAAUUAAAAAAUGAAAGUUUUCUUAUCGUAUUGGAACUACUUCUAAUUUUAAAAUGACUUUUUUGAUGUAUUUUUUUGGUUAAAUAAGAUGUAGUGUAAUGUAUAAUUGCUAUUGUUUAUUGCUUUUACAAUCAUAUUUAUUAAACAGA